AUGGCGAGCACACCACCUGCACAAAUUACUUCUACUCCCGAAACUCCUCAUACACCUCUUCAUGGCGCAGUCUACGACCGCGUAAACAAUCGUUCUCUACGGCGCACAACACGCUCAAGCACAAAAAUCGCCUCGAAAGAAACCGGCUCAACUCCCGCGUCACAGCGAAGAAGCUCCCAAUUGGAGUUUCCAGUGACAACUCCUAGAUCAUCACAACCUUCAACCGACGCCGCAUCUGGACUUUAUUCGCCGCAGUCAACCCCAAAGAACAAAUCGCCGUGUCGAGUGCAAGUCCUUUCACCCUCCUCUCCCGAUCUGCAUACAUCGAAGUCCAAGCAGCACAAUUUGUCGAGCACAACUCUUCAUCCCGCCCCCUCUUCCUCGACUACAGUACCUGAGCGAAUGCUUCCCACACCGGCCAAAACCCCUCAAAAGAAAAUGGCACCUAAGGUGGGGGGUGCGGCGAGGGCACUCUUCCAAGACACUACCCGACAGAUAGCAGAUUCCGCGUCUUUCGAGCCAAGUCCACGAAGAAGUCGAAGAACUAAGCGGUACAAUGGAUUCUCACUCGAAAGCUUUUGUGCCGAAGACGAUAGCAGUCGUGCUCAGAUCCAGAUCUUCACCGACUCUAGGGAUACGGUUCCACAAGUUGAUGAGAGCACGUCCAACCCUUUCCUAGCUCACAAUUUGAACGCAGAGACUUCGUCUGCUCGCAAGGUUGCAGGGACAGUCAAACGUCGCAAAGUGUCCGGCCAAAAGAAGAUAGAUCCUCAGGUUGAAGAGGCAAUCAGCAAGGACGAGGGCAUGGUCUACGUAUUUCGCGGCAAGAAGGUCUUCAGACGUUUUGAUGAUGCGGGGGACGAAGAGGAAGAGAUCGAUCCCGAUGAGCUCGGAUUGUUGUCACAUACUCCAGCUCGAUCUACUGCCAAGCCGAUGAAAACACUUACGCGGCGUUCCAUCAAACCAACCUGCUUGUUUCAGACCGAAGAACAGAGACGUGCCCGGGAGUUGGAGAAGGAAGAGGAAGCACUGACGGAUAUUGAGGGCAUUGAAGGAUCCGAUGGUGACAUUGCUGGAGACUCUACCCACGACAAUCAUUCUGCUCAGAAGACAUCUCGCUCACUGCGGUCCUCCUCAAAGAAAGUCGGCGCUGACGCUCUAGACGGAACUCACCUCCGCGAGGCAGUUGUGCGUCGAACCAACAAACCCAAGCAGGCAAGCCCGUUUGAUUCCUGGCCUCGUGUCAAACACGGCUUGCGCACCGAAGCAGCUUCAUUGAAGUCCAGAAAGAGACCUGCCAACGGACCCGUCGAAGACGAGACUGAUCGCGGAAGUACCGAGUCAAAGAAGAUGAGAACCUGA